AUGGCACACAAAGACAGAGCUUUAAACCAGCUCAGCGAGUUCCAGAAAGCCCAGCAGAAGCCAGACACGCUGACUACUGGUGCUGGUGCCCCUGUGGGAAACAAGAAUGCUAUUUUGACGGUUGGCCCAAGGGGCCCUGUGCUUCUGCAGGAUCAUGUCUUCCUGGAUGAGAUGGCUCACUUCAACAGGGAGCGCAUACCUGAAAGAGUUGUGCAUGCAAAAGGAGCUGGUGCCUUUGGAUAUUUUGAAGUCACCCAUGAUAUCACCAAGUACAGCAAAGCAAAAAUCUUUGAGCAUGUUGGCAAAAAAACACCCCUGGCAAUCCGCUUCUCAACCGUGGCGGGGGAGAAAGGUUCUGCUGACACAGUUCGAGAUCCUCGAGGAUUCGCCAUCAAAUACUAUACAGAGGAAGGUAACUGGGAUUUGGUGGGAAACAACACUCCAAUCUUCUUCAUUAGAGAUGCCAUGUUGUUCCCAAGUUUUGUGCACACCCAGAAAAGAAACCCUGUCACAAACCUCAAGGACCCUGAUAUGCACUGGGACUUCCUGGCUCUGCGACCUGAAAGCAUACAUCAGCUGAGUUUUGUCUUCUCUGACCGAGGCACACCUGAUGGCUUCAGGCACAUGAACGGCUACGGCAGCCACACCUUUAAGUUGGUCAACAAGGAUGGCAAGGCUGUCUACUGCAAGUUUCAUCACAAGACAGACCAAGGUAUUAAGAACCUCCCAGCAGAUGUUGCUGCACAACUCCAAGUAACAGAUCCUGAUUAUGCCACCCGCGACCUGUUUAAUGCCAUUGACGCUGGCAACUACCCCUCCUGGACGUCAUACAUACAGGUCAUGACCUUUGAGGAAGCUGAAAAGUUCAGGUGGAAUCCAUUUGAUUUAACUAAGAUUUGGCCUCACAGUGAGUUCCCCUUGAUCCCCGUUGGCAGGAUUGUAUUAAAUCGUAACCCACGGAACUACCACGCUGAGGUGGAGCAGCUAGCCUUCUCACCUGCCCACUUGGUGCCAGGGAUUGAGCCCAGUCCCGACAAGAUGCUACAGGGUCGUCCUGUACUCGUACACCGACACCCAUCGUCAUCGCCUGGGCAGCAACUACCUCCAGAUCCCAGUCAACUGCCCCUACAAUGCCAAAGUGAGAAACUACCAGCGGGACGGACCUCAGUGCGUCACAGACAAUCAGGGAGGUGCCCCAAACUACUUCCCAAACAGCUUCAGUGGACCAUUAGAUGCCUCCCAGCAUCUAGAGUCCAAGUUCAGUCUGACUGCCGAUGUGGCCAGGUACAACUCAGAUGA